AUGAGACUACCAGGUUCAAAAGCAGAGACGCCGGCGCCGUCCGCCGACUUCUCGAAGUCGGAGAAUAAUGGACUCCAGAUAGGCCAAAAUUUUGGAAAUAUGGAGGCUUCAUUCUACAGUGAUUCAAUUCGAGGGAUCAACAUUGCUGCGGGGGCAUCCGUCUUCAUGGGUGAACAUAAAACCGUUGAAGAUAAGCUCCUUGAUAUUCUUAUCGCCGGAGAUUCAAAAGACAGAGUCGAUAUAGCUCAAGCAGCGCGUGGAACAUGUGAAUGGAUCUUCGACAGCACCCCAUUCCGCAACUGGGCCCAAACCGACUCCUCGGAAACCGGGCCGCUCUAUAUUCAAGGAAUUCCCGGGAGUGGGAAAAGUGUAUUGCUGAAGUUUCUUAUCAAGGAGAUCGAGAAACGAUUGCGUAUUGGGACCCCAUCUCUUUCGUCCCCAGUGGACGAGAACCCUCCUCCCGAGCUGGGCGUCCCCGGAAAGACCAUUGCGGUUGCAUGUUUUUGUGAUGACCGUGAUGAGCAUCGACGCACCCCAGUCUGGAUCCUGAGGACUCUGCUAUACAGGCUAAUCCAGAAAAACCGAAAACUGGUGAAGCACGUUCAGAAGCAUAUCCAGAAUAUCGAGGACCUAGACACGAUGGGUUCUGAUUUGGAUGAGUUCCAGUCUCCUGAUAUUCUCCAAAAGAUUCUCGAAGAACUCAUCCCAGAUCCAGAGGUGGAGGUUGUCUAUUUUGUCAUCGAUGGCUUAGAUCAGUGUGGGCCCUAUCUUCCUGGGGUUGUCCGGCUCGUCAAUGAACUUUCUACAAAGAUUAAUAGCGAAGCCAGAAAUCAGGGCCAACAGUUCAGCCUGCGCUGCAUAAUCUCUGACCGAGGUAGUCAGAUCGUCCGCGACAAAGUACUCCCCGAGAAUAUUAUCGAUAUGCCGACUGAGAAUAAGCGCGAUAUUGACGAAGUCACCGACCAUCGGGUAAAGAGCAUUCAAGAGUAUCGAAACUUCAGUGAAAACAUUCGACAAACUACCACCGAUCUGUUGAAGGAGAACUCUAAUGGCAUGUUCAUGUGGCUAUCGUUGGUUUUGGAUGACCUGGGCACUUGGGAGGGUGUCUGGACCGAAACCAAGGUCAAGGAGAAGCUGCGCAGCAUACCUUUGGACGUCGCAACCUUUUACAAGUCGAUGCUUGAACGGCAACCGCGAGACUCUGUCAAAAGAUUGCAAAUGCUGCUCAUGUGGGUCUACUUUGUGUGCCGACCCAUCACUCUGCAGGAGUUGGACGUGGUUUUGAAUUUGCAAGAAGAAAAGGAAUAUACCUGUCGGAAGAUUCCAGAUGAGGAUAUCGAAGCAUUGCGGAGCAACCUUGAGGGUAAUUGGGGUGCUCUAUUUGCAGUCCGUGAUAACUUCGUACACCUGAGUCACCAAUCCGUGAAAGACUUCUUAGCAGAUGUCUUCAGUGACGAAGGCGUGCAGGAAUAUCCAAAAUACGGCAUGACCCAGGCAGAUGCACACCGACAGAUGGCAUCUACCUGUUUGGCAUAUUUACAACUCAAGGAAGUUCAGGGACGGGAAGUCCCCAAGCCUCCGGUCAACAGCGAAGGAAAGAUCGAUGAGUCGCAGCUUACGGCGGUCAGACAAGAAUAUCUCGAUGGGUUUCCUUUCCUCCAGUAUUCAGUCGAGUUCGCUGGUCAUCAUCUGCGAGAAAGUCAAAUCGAAGAAGAAAUGGACGUAAAGGGAAUGAAAGAAUUCUUUGCUGACAAUUCGGCGGCCUUGUCUACCUGGGUGCGGGCCUACGAUCUGCUGAAACGGUGGACAACUGGAAAGUAUUCGGGGUUCAGCAGCAGUACCAGUCUUCUCUUCGUCGCAGCGCGCCUCAAUCUUCCCUGGUUAGCGCAGAAGUCGACGACAUGGGUAACUUACGCAUCACUCCCAUCCGCUAUAUGCGCCCCAGACUAUUCUGGCUGGAGCGCCAUUCACAUUGCGGCGGAUUCGGAGGCCGUUGGAAUGGUGUCCUGGCUCCUAAAAAAUGGUGCAAUGGUGGAUGUGGAAACCCUUGGCCUUCCUCACCUUGGCCGCACUGCCUUGCAUUUUGCUGCAUCCAAGCGCUCCGAAUCCGGGCCCCAAAUGGUCGAGGAGCUGCUAAAAGGAGGCGCGAAAGCGAAUAUUCAGACCAGGCAAGGAGGGAACGCACCGCUCCACUAUGCCAUCGAUGGUCGUUCAGUUAAGACAGUGAAGGCCCUACUGGACUCUGGUGCGGAUGUGAAUCUUGCAAGCAGAUCCGGUCUUACUCCUCUUCACAAAGCUGCAGCUAUUCCCGGUUUGGAAGAGAUUGUGGAAGUACUCCUUGAAAAUAGCGCCGAUCCCAACAAAAAAACCAGCGUGGGCGCCGUCUCAGCGGCCCGAGGACUCGCCAGUCUGAGAGCCUCUGGAUCUUUGUGGAAUACAUACUAUGCCGUCAAUACAUCUCAUACCGCGCUCCAUAUCGCGGCUAAGGUCGCAGAUACAGAACGUACAGUCGAGGUUCUGUUAAAGAAAGGGGCGGAUCCAAAUUCCCGAGAUAGUUCUGGACGAACUCCACUGCAUAUUGCGGUAGUCGGGAUAAAGCCCGAGGCCAUCAUGAAGCUGUUGGUUGAUCAUGGCGCCGACGUCAACGUACGGGAUGCAGAAGGCAAGACCCCGCUCCUUGUGCUUCUAAUAGCCAUUUAUCUACAAGCACAGCAUCAGCCUCAGUUGUUGAAUGAUGAUCAUGCCUCACAAGAACGAAUGAUUGUGAUGUUGCUGUCCGCCGGAGCAGAUCCACUUGCCGAAGGGAAUGAUAAACAAUCCCCAGUCAGUUGCGCCACGCAGGGCAACCUACAGUGGGCCUCGGAUCUGUUGACGCGGAGUUCCAAUGAAAGAAUGACUCCCAAGGCGGGCGAUGCCUCGGAUCAGAAAGCCGUUGAAAAAUCAGAAUCACAAGGUGGACAAAAAGAACCCAAAAAGGGAAUUCUUGAGACUCAGGCAUCGCGAUGGCUUCCUAAGAGGACCAGAUGGUAA